AUGCCUGUCGACUACAGUAAAUGGGACGCGCUCGAGUUGAGCGACGACUCUGAUAUAGAGGUCCACCCAAACGUAGACAAGAAGUCUUUUAUUCGAGCCAAGCAAAAUCAAAUCCACCAAGAGCGAUUUGAACGCAAACACAAAAUCGAAACAUACAAGUACGAACGAUUGGUAAACGAUGGGCUGCUCGGUCGUAUCAAUGCGCUUCUCAAAGCUCUUGAAUCACUCAAAGCGGAAGCAGAGAAAAGAAGUCCUGAUGAGUUGAUGUUUCAAGCUAUUAUGGAGUCGACGGGGGACCGCGAAAACGACAACCCUCCUCCAAGACCAGCCGGUGUCCACACGCAGGACAAAGAUAUGCCUACGUAUUCGAAGAUGAUGGCAGCGUUGGUAGAUCAGGUCAAAGCAAAGGUUGACGAGGAUAAGGUUGAGGAUAGCCAGCGAUUCGAAGCCUACCUCGCGGAAGUUAACUCGCACCGAACGAAGGUCGAAGAGCUACAGAAAUCGUUGCUCACCGAGCUGAACAAUCUGGAGAAGGAAGAAGGUCGAAAGAUAACCAGUGAAAGUUAUGCCACAGGUUUUGACAGUUCCCAUGUAUCGAAGAAUGAGCCUAUCAAAGGAAGGAUAAACAAACCAAAAGAAAAGGUUCAAGCUGUUGAAGUGCUGAAUCCAAAAGCUCUAGCUGCUCAUGACGGAUCCAAACCCGACAGUCAGCAAUCAUCUGGCGCGGACGCUGAUAUUGACGAGGAAGAAGGCCUAGAUGACGAUGAAGAGGUUCAGGCUUCCGAGCUCGGGAUGAAGUUUGCGACAAUCAAGCCUGGAGAUUACAAGUCUUGCUUAACAUUUAUUUCCGAGCAUCCCCAAGUCCUUGCAGAGAGAGAAACUGAUGGCUUGCUGGUUCUCGCCUUUAACGCUGCCAUCGACGGAGAUCAAGACAAGGCCAAACAAUGCGUACAUCAAGCUCUUCUUCUCCAAUACUGCAGAGCGCUGGGAAAGGAUGGUGUGGGACUAUUCUUCAAGCGAAUCACAACUCCAAAUCACCAAGCCCAGAAAGUGUUCUAUGAUGAUGUCAAUGGUACUUAUCAAAGAAUCAAGUCACGGACCAAGGAAAUUGAAAGACAGAGGGCUCAAGAAGAGGCGGAAGGCGGUGGCGGUGUGGAGCAAAUCCAGCUUCAUGCUGUAGACCCUGGCACCACUAUUAAUAUUCAAAUUCCUCCAGAGAAGAGCGAGGACCCAGCAGAAAUCAAGGCAAGAGAGCUGUUCAACGCCUUCCCUCCUGGACUUCAGCGAGCUUUGGAAAGUGGAAGUCUAGAUGAGGUCAACAAAGUGCUGGGGAAGAUGAGUGUUGAGGAGGCUGAGGAGAUUGUCGCCCAGUUGGGUGAGGGUGGAAUGCUUUCUUUGGAGGAGCAAAUUAUAGAUGCCACGACCGAGGAAGGUCAGAAGGCGCUCAAGGAAUUUGAGGAGUCGGAGAAGGCUCGCAACGAAGCAGAUCUCUCAUCCAAGUAUUCGGAAGACCCAGAGUAA